AUGCUUCCCCCGGCUUUGAACAUUCCCAAAUGGCUUGAAGCCAAUUCUCACCUUUUACAACCACCAGUGAACAACUACUGUGUCUACCAUCCCUCUUCCCCGGCAACAGCCGGCUACACAGUGAUGAUUGUGGGCGGUCCUAACGCCCGCACGGAUUACCACAUUAAUACAACCCCAGAGUUCUUCUACCAGUAUCGAGGCUCAAUGCUUCUCCGAACUGUUGAUACAUCCUCUUCGCCCCCGACGUUCCAAGACAUUCCCAUCCACGAGGGUUCGCUGUUCCUGCUACCCGCCAAUACGCCUCACUGUCCGGUGCGGUUCAAGGAUACCGUGGGUGUUGUGAUGGAGCAGCCCAGAGCUGAAGGUGCAGUUGAUAUUCUGCGGUGGUACUGUAAGAACUGUGGAGAGAUUGUAUGGGAGAAGCGUUUUGUCUGUACGGACCUGGGAACGCAGGUGAAAGAAGUUGUGGAAGAAUUCGGCGCGGAUCAGGAAAAGCGAACGUGCAAGGCUUGCAGUACUGUUGCUGAAACAAGAUAUCAAGAGGGGGAACUGGUACAGCCGCCCAGGUUCCUUGAGUAG